AGAUGCAAGGAAAAAGCUUUGAGGUUAACCGGCGAUUAGUCUAUGCGAUGAGAACCCUAGGAAAGGGGCAUGCUGGUGCCAAAAAGUUGUGCCAAAUCAUGAACAUGCCACCUCCAACGACCGAGAAAGCAUAUGGAAAGAAUGCUCGUGUUAUUCUCAAACAUGUCAAAACAAUGGCAGAAGAGAGCAUGAGCGAAGCAUCCCAGGAACUUAAAGAAUUAAAGGGAGAUCCUGAAUCCCAAGAGCCUACUAACUGUGGUGCUUCUUUUGAUAGCACGUGGCAAAGGAGAGGCUACUCUUCCCUAAAUGGCUGUGUAUCAGCCAUUUCUAUUGAUACUGGCAAGGUUCUUGAUGUUGAGGCUUUGACGGUAUCAUGUAAGCAAUGCCAGCUACAUGAGCAUUUGGACAAAGCAAGUCCAGAGUACCAGCAAUGGAAAGUUGACCAUGUCAACUGCAAGGCCAACUUUAAAGGCUCGGCUCCUGCCAUGGAACCAGAAGGUGUUGAGCGCAUUUUCAAGAGAUCAACAGAAACGCGUUACCUUCGCUACACCGAGUAUUAUGGAGAUAGAGACUCAAAAGGAUUCGCAAGGGUCGAGAAUGUUUACGAGGACAUGGGCAUAACAGCUGAAAAAAAGGAGUGCAUAGGCCACGUACAGAAGCGUGUUGGCUCUGCACUACGUAAGCUGAAGCGAGAAAACCCUGGCCUUGGGGGUCAGGGCAAGCUUACAGACCAUCAAAUUGAUAGACUUCAAAACUAUUAUGACAUUGCAGUUCGGUCCAAUGUUGGAAAUUUGGAAGGAAUGAAGAAGGCAGUGCUUGCUAGCUUUUUUCACUGUGCUUCUAAUGAGAAGCACCAAGCACAUGACCGGUGCCCAGAAGGCUCUACACGCUGGUGUAACUAUCAGCGGGACAAGGCUAGCCACAGAAAUACAUACAAGCAUGGUGCUGGACUCCCAAGGGAAAUAAUUGAAAAAUGCAAACCUGUGUUUACUAGGCUUAGUUCUGACUCAUUACUGGAGAAGUGUCUCCAUGGGAAGGCCCAGAACCAGAACGAGUCCUUCAACGGUUUUGCUGGCGGAUGGGCCGGUCACGGAUAUUUAAGAUCAGGCGUCCCUCGCCCUGGCAGAGGGUCCCCAAGGAAGUAUACGUAGGGAGAGACAUACUUGAACUGGGACUUUAUGAUGCAGUUCUACAUUUAAUAUGGGGGCAAGCUCUAUUCCAAAGCUGUUAACUGCCCUAAAUAUCCCCCAGGCAAAUAUACUGAGGCAGGCUGUUUGCUACAGGACAUUACCCGUGUUCGGGUUUCGGAGCACAAAGCUCAGGAGAGCACUAAAAAGCAGGUAAAGGUGCUCAGGGGAAGAAAAAAGAAUAAGGAUGACAAGAAAAAGCAAAAGGAAGGCCCAGCUUAUGCUGCUGGAGCAUUUUAAGUCUCCAAAUGGCUUAAUAAUGGACUAAAACCUUGUGAAUAACAAUACUUUAUCUUUAGUCAGCUAUUUUUCAAAAUGUUAAAUUUCCGUGUAUCACCAAAACGCUAGCGAUGAUUAAAGAAAAGCAAUUUGAUGGAUUGGCUUGAUUUUUUCAGGGCAUGUAUAUGGAAUAUCAAUGCACAAAAUGAACUACAAACAAGCUGUUUAGUGUAAUAUGUCAUCUAAAAAUUAGAUUUUAGAUGCUGGUCAAUGUCACAGACGAAAGUUCUGAUCUAGACUAGAUUUUUUGGGGGAAAUAUUUGAAGUGAUUGUAGUUCAUUUUUGUAGAUAUACUAUUUAACAACAUUGUCUGCAAGUUUGAACAUUUUUAAAUGAAAUGGAGUGGAGAUAUUACGUUUUUAGUACCGUAUCCUAAAAUUGGGCGUUGCCCUUAUUAUCUGUAACCAUAGCAACGCUAAUGAAAUACAAAUGUGGUAUUCCAUUCUUCAUCCCAUGUAGAAUAAAUGUAUAUUGGUUUCAAAUUGUUAAAAUUUUUGAGGUCUGUACCACCUUAAAGCUAAGGGAACCUUUUCUCUUAAGUUGUUUUGCUGCCUUUGAAAUUCGUGCGUGAAAUAUUCAAAACCACUAGAAAGCUUUUAUAGUGCAUGGCUCCCGUGGGGCACAUCUCCUGUUUCCAGUAUUUAGUAUUUAGAGAGGGCUCCUUUUAAAAAAGAAUCCGUAAAAUAAAAUUGGACCCCCUCUUUAUACUAAUAAUUGACUGACUCUCAAUACUCCCUAAGAUAUUUCGUAUUGUUUGUAUUUAGUGCUAAACUGAAUAACUGAAUCAUAUUAAAGAUUGGUUUUUGUAUAGUGGA